AUGUCAUCACCAUCCGCAUCGACCAACAACAACAAUAACCAUCCAGCACCACCGCCUCAAGUCAGCUCGGAACAACAACCUAAUAGCACUAAAAAUGAAAAUACCGGCAAUGCAGCAGUAGCAUCUUCCAACACCGACAAUUCAUCCGGCACUGCCACACCUACGCCUACUCGUAAACGUACACGAGCUACAGCUGAGCAGCUAGCUGUGUUGGAGGAUACAUUUGCAGUCAACGUGAGCCCAAAUGGCAAGCUUCGUAAACAGCUCUCUGAGCGCUUACAAAUGAGUGAGAGAUCCAUCCAGAUUUGGUUUCAAAAUCGCCGUGCCAAGGUCAAGCAUAUGCAAAAGCGUGCUCAAAUGCAAAUGCAACAAGCCUCUUUACGUGCUCAAAUGUAUCAGUAUCAGCAAUACAAUGCCGCUGUUGCUGCUGCUGCUGCUAAUGGAGGAGGAGCAGGAGCUAUGAUGCCACCACCACCACCUCCUCCUGGUUAUCAUCAACAUCAUCAACAGCAUCAUCAUCCGUACUACUAUAGCCCUCGUGUACCCUUGCCUCCACGUGCUCAAAGUGCCGAAGCUUCAUACAUUGAUCAUCACCAUCAUCAUCGCUACCAUCCACAACAACAAGAAAGUGUUAAUCCACUUCCACAUUCGAUGCAUCAACAACAGCCAACAUCGGCUCCUAUGAUGCCAACGGAUAAUCAACAAGCUUGGCAAAUGGGUGAUGCGCACUAUAAUGCUAUGGCAAACGGUACAUCAGCUACGACAACAACCAGCAACAAUAUCCCAACCUUGAUUCCUGUGCCCAAUGCUGGUCCUACUGCUAUGUUAGCUACAGGGGAUUUACCUUCAUCUUCUGGUAAUGAUGGUGUACAUGGUUCAUCGUUAUCAUCAUCUCCAGCUGUUUCGGAUGGUUCAUUCUGGGGCGCAUCACCUGAUCAUCAACAUGCUGUUGACCCCGCCUUGGCUGUUCGGGCAUUGAGUGACCCUCCUAUUGUUACCACCAUUGAUCCCGCUAGCAUCAUGAUGACACCCCCCGAUACGAUGGAUCAUGCUGGCCAUGUCACCACCCAUUUGAAUGCAACCACGUUGACCAUUGGUACAUGGCAACGACUUAAGCUCCGUGCCAACGAUUUAACGUGUGUUUAUGAUGGGGAAAGUAAAAUCUUUUCCUGGCAGAUUGCCGACAAUGGUUGUCGCUUCAAGAUUGAUAUGGCUCUGGAUGCCGUGUCGAGUAUCGAGUUUGUGGAUAAUCCUAGUGAUGUCCUAGCCGAUGUUCAUUUUGAUAUUAGCGAGCCACCCUUAUUCUACAUGGAGCAAAAAAAGAGCAACGAGCAACAAGAGGAUGAGGAAAAGAAGCAACAACAAGACAACGACGACGACGACAAGAACAAUGAAAAAGACUGGGUCCAAUGCAGUGAUUUUACAGAAGGCAAACAAGCAUCACGCUUCUUUCGACAUUCGCUUAAAGGUGUUGCCCAUCAUCUUAAGCAAGAGCUUGUAAGUCUUACUGAAAAUCAUCCUGAGACGCAACGCUUGGUACGUUAUGCGAGUGUGAAUCAGCAACAACAGCAAGAGGAACAUGACUUUUGGCUUGCAGCGGCUAUUGCUGCAGCUGCUACAGGUGGACCCAGUAGUAGUGCAUCAUCACCCCCAAAUGCAAGUCAUCAUUAUGGCCCAGCAUCCACCCUCUACUGGACCCCUCCUGAUACAGCUAUUACCUCCACCACCGCAUCAGCUAUGCCCACCAUGAUGCCAAUGACCGUGGAGCCUUCAUCAUUACUCGGUUAG